UGCAGUACGUCUUGCGUCAAUCAGUUUGAUUUUCGUCGUCUCUGUUUAUGGUUACGACCAGAUAUUGACUCGAAUUUAAUGAAAUUUACGUUCAUAUGUUUUCAAAAUAACAAGUGUUGGUUGCAAUUAGUUGUUCCAUGGUCGCUUUACUGUUUAAAAUACGUUAGAAAAAAAUGGAGGACAAAGUAUUGGUAGAGGAAGUGUGUAUUCUCACUUUACGAGAAAGAGUGUUUUUCGCAGCGAGAGAUGGCUUGUCUUUAACAUUAUAUGCUUUGUUAUAUGAAAAAAAUACUGACGAAAUUGACGAUUUGCUAAAUAGGGAUAUAUGUUGGGAGGGCAUAAAGUGCACACCGCUAAUAGCCGCCUCGCGCCAUGGCCGUGAGGCCGCUGUCAGAAUGCUACUGGAGAAGUUCAGACCUCCUGUCAGAUUGGAGACGGAAGGCACAGUCAAGUUUGAUGAAUAUGUUAUUGAAGGUGCAACAGCUCUAUGGUGUGCGGCCGGUGCUGGUCACUUAGGCAUUGUUAAGCGACUUGUCCGCGCUGGUGCUAAUGUUAACCAUGCCACAAAGACGUUAAGUACGCCACUGAGGGCGGCCUGCUUCGACGGCAGAUUGGAUAUAGUCAAGUACUUAGUUCGACACGGUGCUGAUAUACAUAAGGCCAAUAAAUAUAAUAAUACUUGCCUUAUGAUAGCAGCAUAUAAAGGACAUUUAGAUGUGGUUCAGUUUCUGUUGGACUCCGGUGCGAAGGUGGACGAGCGCGCGCUGUGCGGGGCGACGGCGCUGCACUUCGCUGCGGAGUGCGGACACGCGGCUGUCGUCUGCGCACUAAUAGAUCAUAAUGCUAAAAUACUCACUAAUGAGAAUGGUAUGACGCCGCUGCAGUGCGCGGCGGAGCGAGCGCGUGCGUCGGUGGUGGAGCUGCUGGCGACGCGGCCCGAGGUGACGCGAGCGCAGGCUAUAGAGGCCUACGAACUAUUGGGAGCGUCUUUCGCUAACGAUAAGGAGUAUUACUGUUUGAGGAUGGCGUACCAAUACCUGCACCGUGCGAUGGCGAUGCGGUACGACACUCGGUACGGACAGCUGCUGAAGAAACCCGCGGACCCAAUACCAGCUUAUGAUAACUGGAGGGAGAGCACCACUAUAGAGGAAGUGGAACGUCUGCACGGUAACGCGCACGCGUUACACAUGGAAGGUCUGGCUGUGCGCGAGCGCGUGCUGGGCCGCGGCUGCCCUGAUCUUCCUCAUCCGGUCGUCUUCCGCGGCGCAGUAUUCGCGGAUGAGGCGCGCUUUGACCGCUGUUUGGCGUUGUGGCGGCACGCACUGCAGCUGCGACAUCACAACAAGGUAUCAAUAGUGAAGGAUCUGUUGAGGUUCGCGCAAGUUUUCUCACAAAUGAUACACAUCGGCAUUGAACUGCCGUUAAGUCAGGUGUGUUUUGUAUUAGAAGCGUGUGCGGAGGAACUAAAACGAGGUCAGCAGAGGAUCAAAAAGCCACAGAUUAAUUACGACCCUGAGGCCCUGAUAAGCUUGGCUCUCGCGUACUCGCUGCAGGAGGAGUACGAGAGCAACGUGCGCACGGCGCUCUACCUGGUGGCGGUGGCGGCCCGCCUGCUGGAGGACCCGGAUAAUGAUGAGGAGAGCGUGCGCGCGGUGCGGCGCGCCGUGUUCAGCGUGCGCGCGGUGCGGCUGCAGGCGGGGCAGACGCUGCUGCACCUCGCCGCCGACCGCCGCACGCCAGUCGACGACUUCCAUACCAGCGACGUCUGCCAGUUCCCGUGCGUGCGCACGACGCGGCUGCUGCUGGAGUGCGGCGCGGCGGUGGACGCGGCGGACGAGGCGCGCCGCACGCCGCUGCAUGUCGCGCUCUUGUCCCUGCCUCUCAUGCCGGUGGAGGAGGUGGCGCGGUGGGGCGCGGCGCAGUGCGCGGUGGCGGCCGAGCUGCUGUCGCGCGGCGCGCACGCGGACGCGGUGGAUGCGGACGGCCUCACGCCGCUACGAGCCGCUAUGGAAGGUCCUGCAGAGAGCCUGGUGCGAGCAGCGCUGCGGCCGCGGCUGUCGUGCCUCGCUGCAGCCGCGCUGGCGCAGCACCGCCGCCAGUACCGGCCCUCGCAGGUGCCGCGCGACCUGCACGACUUCCUCGCCAUGCACGGCGUCACGCCCAUGAAGUAGCCACCUCACACCUCACAUCACACACUCGGCUUAUAUUGAGGUUUACACUUCAUGCUAAAAUUAUGAGACAUUUGCGACCUCAUAUGAAAAAAUAUGAGGCGUUACCGACCUCACAUGAAGACUGUGAGGCGUCUUCGACCUCACAAGAAGACUGUGAGACGUUUUAAACCUCAUAUGAAUACCGCAUGAGGGGUGACCUCAUAUUGGGAGCGCCAAGGGUCAAGGUUACGUUUUUGCUGGUAGCAAAUUCGAUAUAACCUCAUUAUUCUAAGUUGAAUAUCAUGUAAAAGACUUAUUAUGGAUUUAAGAACACUUCUUUAGCCAAUUUCCAUACUCCCUCGUAUCUAUCUCUUUCCCACUCCCUCGUCCUUUCCCCCUCCAAACCAGUAUAAUUACGACGAAAUAUUUGUUGACAAUUGUGAAACUUUUUAAUUUACAUUUUUAUGUAUUUUUUGCACAAAUUUCUUACACAAGUAUGUAUUAUUUUUAAUUUAAAUUGACUGUUUGAAGCUCUAUAUUGAGAUAACGCGCCAUACAACGGACAUGUCCGCCAUUUUGACGUAGCGUCCAUUUUGUGUUCGUUAGAAUUUUUUUCAUUAUAAUACGAUUAUUGAGACUUAACAUUUACUGCAAAUGUUUUAUUUUAAAAGUAAUCUACAAAUAAUCAUAUAAUAUUUUAAAAUCGAUAGGUUAAAAAACAUUGGUUUUUGUAUACAAGAUGUCUUUUUUAUUAAAUUUUGAUUUUAUUUGACUUAUCAAUAUUAUAUAUUAUGUUGUAUAAACAUUUUUUUUUCGAAAUUAAUAAAGCAUUUACGAUAUGUAAAGUUUGCUAAGCGUAUGAACACAGGGUGUUAUGUGUUCAAGUUUGAUAGUCAAACAAGGAUAUCUGAAUUUUGACAUUGAAUUUACGUAAAUUAUAAUAUACUAGCUUUUGCUCGCAACCUGCAUA